UUUAGCACGUCACUCGGAGAGACGCUUCCUGUUAGCAGCCGACUGUCACCAUGUCUGUGCUGAACACCGUAUACCGCUCCGUUUUCCGCCGCACCUCCACCUUCACCCUCGGCAUCGUGCUCGGGGUCGUCCUGUUUGAGCGCGCUUUUGACCAAGGAGCCGACGCUUUGUUCGAGCACCUGAACCGCGGGAAAUUGUGGAAACACAUCAAGCACCAGUAUGAACAAACUGAAGAGUAGAAGAGCGUUCAAGAGGCCCAGAACACAGAUUCUUCACGGAGGAUUGGUUUGUGCGUGGGGGCAAGCCUCGCCUGCGUUCUGUGACUUCAUGGAUACACCUUAUUACCAAAAUCGCAAUGUAAUGUCAUCCUUGACUUGCUGCUACGGAUUGAUGGAGGAAUCACAUUGUUAAACUCGCCACCUACUUCUUAGUAUCCUGUUCUCAACGUGUUGUAAUAAACAGAUGUCUAUUUAA